AUGGCCGAAGGCGAAACUUCUCUAGAGAAUGCAAGGUGUGAUAUUUUGGGCUUUCGUUUCGUUUUCCAAUCGAAUUCGUACACGGGGAUGCUCUUUUGUCUGCACAAUAAGCGUGUUAAUGUAAUGCAGUUAGAAAGACUCGAGUGCUCGUCUAGUGCAUCAAACAUGACUAUCUCCCCGACGAGCGCCAGUCCUAGAAAGCGCUUGGCCAAGCCGGCCGAGGAUUCCAGCCGCUUGCACGUCAGCCAGCUCUCGAGGAAUGUGAACGAGUCCCAUCUCAAGGAGAUUUUCGGGAACUAUGGGGAUAUUAUUGCUGUGGAUCUUGCGAUGGACAAGACGGUGAAUCUUCCAAAGAGAUUUGCGUACGUGGAUUACAAGAGCAAAUCGGAUGUUGAAAAAGCUCAACAGUUCAUGGAUGGGGUUGGCAUUCUUUUUCUUUCUUUUCUUUGUUUUUUUUUUCUGUAUGGACUCGUCAUCAGUGUAAAGCUUACAAGAAAGGUAUCCCUGGCACGAGGGGUGUCUCCAAAACGAGACGCUGCGCCACCGCGACGAAGGCCACCAGCUUCGUCGCCGGUAAGGCGACGGUCACCUUCACCAGGAUUCCGAAGGCGACGGAGGUCUCCAAACAGGAGCCCAAUACGAAGGCCUAUGGGUCGUCAGCGAUCGCCAGCUCCUUACAGGCGCAGGUCACCACUUCCAGUCAGGCGAGUACGUACACCACCACGGAGGUCUUCCCCAGUUCGACGUCGUUCAAGGACCCCUCCACCGAGGCGUAUGCGCUCGCCUCCAAGGCGGAUGAUGCGAUCGCGUUCCAGAUCGCGUUCGGCUUUUAGAAGAGCAAGAUCACCACCAAACAGGCGGGGCAGGUGAAGCUCCUACUCAUCCGGAUCUCCUAGUCCAGUGAGAAGAAGAUCACCUGUCCGGGGGGGAGCAAGGAAAUCUACGAGAAGCAGAAGUCCAAAGAGAGCUACCAGCAGCAGUCCCAGCCGAAGUCCUGUUUCUCCAAAGAACACCAACCAGGCAACGAAAGCCAAGUGAGCUGCGGGCUGCAAAGUCGAUUCCACAGCGAGUCCCUCAACCUCUCUGCCCAGCAUUUUUCCUGCAUUAUUUAUUUUUGUAUAAGCAUGUUUAAUAGCCUGCUUGCUUGCUUGCAUUCUUUCUUUUCGACUUACUGAUAGUUUGUUUGCGCUUGAAAUUGCAUGGCUGUGUGCUUUUGUCGAGAUAGACUUUUGAUGAAAUACAACCUCUCUUUUGGCUUGGA